AUGAAGAUGAUUAAUGAGAGUUUGGCAGGGGAUUUCAUACUGGUGGGCUUCUCUGACCAGCCGCAGCUGGAGAAGAUCCUCUUUGUGGUUGUGUUAAUAUCCUACCUCCUGACACUGGUAGGCAACACAGCAAUCAUCCUGGUCUCCUGUCUGGAUCCCAUGCUCCACACACCCAUGUAUUAUUUUCUUACCAAUCUCUCCUUUGUUGACCUCUGCUUUACCACUAGCAUUGUUCCCCAGCUGCUGUGGAACCUCUAUGGUCCAGACAAGACAAUUACUCCUGUAGGCUGUGCCAUUCAACUCUAUGUCUCCCUGGCACUGGGAUCCACUGAAUGUGUCCUCCUAGCUGUCAUGGCAUUUGAUCGUUAUGCUGCUGUUUGUCGACCACUCCAUUAUGCCACAGUGAUGCACCCACAACUUUGCCAGUCUCUUGCAGGAAUAGCAUGGCUGAGUGGAGUGGGAAAUACCUUGAUUCAGGGCACCAUUACCCUACGGCUACCUCGCUGUGGGAACCGUAAGAUUUACCAUUUCAUCUGUGAAGUACCUGCCAUGAUCAAGUUGGCCUGUGUAGACAUUCAUGCCAAUGAGGUCCAGCUCUUCAUGGCUUCCUUGAUUCUGCUUCUGCUUCCUCUGUCUCUCAUCUUGAUCUCCUAUGGGUUCAUUGCCAAUGCAGUAAUGAGGAUCAGAUCAGCUCAAGCUUGGCAAAAAGCACUUGGCACUUGUGGGUCCCACCUGUUGGUAGUAUCUCUGUUCUAUGGAACCAUCACAGCUGUGUAUAUACAGCCCAACAGCUCCUAUGCCCACAGUCAAGGGAAGUUCAUCACCCUUUUCUAUACUGUAGUAACUCCCACCCUUAACCCUCUUAUUUACACUCUGAGAAACAAAGAUGUAAAAGGGGCUUUGAAGAGACUAGUAAGAAAAGACAAGAGCACAACAGAGUGA